AUGGACGGCGAAAGCGCAGAUCCGCGACUCCGCCGGAGGACAUCCGAGGGAGCUCCGACGCCGACGAACUCCGACACCAGCGCUGGGCCCACUGCCGCCAGACCGUCGGAAGAACCACCGUUCCUGGUGGUAAACCUCGACAGCGAGGAAGAGGACGAACUGCUCCGUAGUUCGAGCGAGUCUACUGCGAGCUCACCUCCGCGUAAGCGGUGGUCCCCGCCGGCCAGCCCGACCCGCUCGCCGAGUCCCUCACCACCCCGGGGGCGGAAGUCUCGGCCCACCCGUCGCAGUCCGACUCCGCCACGUCGGCAGUCUCCUCGGCCUCGUAGCCUGUCGCCGUUAGUCAUCGUUGGUGAGCUCCGGGAGGCCUUGAGAUUCGAUUGGUCGGAGGAGAUCGACACCAACCCGCUCUUCAACGGCAUUCGGCCGUUUGCCAGCCUACUGGCCGCCGGCGAAUAUCUCCGCCCGGGGUUCGUCUCGGCCCUGACUGAUCUGGUGCGCGCGCUGACCCACCAACGGAGCGGAUACUGCCCCAUCGCGGAGGGGCUGCGGCACCCACGUAGCAUGGGCUCCUCGGCGACGAUUCGAGAGUUUCCACCCACGCGUGAGGUCGAAUCUCAAACGGAGGAACCAGAGCCACCAGCCGCAGCGAUCGUUCCCCCCUCAGCCCCAGAAACAGCGGCGGACGACCCGGAACCGGCAGACCCUCGAGUAUCAACGGCCACCACGGGAUCGAGCCAGGCGGAGGGAACUCAGGUCGUUAGGGAACCACCACCGAAGAGGAAACCCAGCCGAGAGCCACCGAGGAAGCCGUCGCAGCGAACUCGUUUUAGCGCAUGCUAUAAUUGCGGCAGCUCUCGCCACACCCGCCAGGAAUGUCCGGAGCCACCGGGAAUAUUUUGCUUCCGCUGUGGGACACGAGGAGUCACCGUGCGUACCUGCCCCAUCCACGGGCCCAUCUACGAGAGGGAGCAGCGGAACAACGACCGCCAGGGGCUACCUCCUCGCCGGGACAACAAUCGCCAUGGCCAACAGCCAGCCCCGCGCAACUCGCGGAGGUAG